GAUCAGCAUUGACUCAAGAAUCAGCAUCAUCUCAAGAAUUAGUAUCAUUUCAAGAAUCAGAAUUGUAUCAAGAAUCAGCAUUAUUUCAAGAAUUAGCAUUGUCUCAAGAAUCGAUAUUAAUCAAGAAUCAGCAUUAUCUUAUACAGCAUCAAUAUCACAACAAUUUUCAUUUUUAA